AUGACCAACGAUACCAAAUUUACGACUAUGCUAGGCGCCGGAGCCUAUAAUGCAAACUCGAGCCUACAACUCAAAGCAGUGGAAGCAUGCUUUAAGUUAUUGCCGAUCACUAAGCCACACCUCAAUUCUGAGAUCAUAACGAUUGUGGACUAUGGAUGUGCAGAGGGGUUUAACUCAAUUAUAUUUCUUGAGAAACUUGUGGAGAUGUUCUCCCUCCCCUCAUCAUUGAGUAUUAUUUUCAAUGAUACGCCUGCAAAUGACUUCAACAGUCUGGCUUCAACUCUAUACGCUAGUUCCCUUGUGACCACCGACAGAGUCGGCCCUCGCAUUAUGCCGUCUUUUGUUCCCAUGAGCUACCUCGAACAAGUCCAGCCUACCAAUUCCGUCGAUAUCGGGCUAUGUCUUACUUCUCUGAACUGGCUGUCCUGUUUUCAAAGCAUCAGGAGUUCCCCACUUAGCGAGGCCCAGGUUUCAGCCGUGGCAAAGCAGGAUCUGUCCACCUUUCUCGGUGCCCGUUACCAGGAGUUUCAUCCUGGCGGAAAUCUCAUUCUUUCCAUCCCGAUCGACGGAGAAAUGACCCUGAAGGCUGUUCAUCGGGCCCUUGAGAGGGCUAUUCACACCACCUUUGGCCAGUCGGUGGCUGCCGCAUAUCAAUGUCCAUCGUACUUUCGACAGAGUGAAGAAAUAUCUUCAGUCCUUCAGGCAUUUACCUCCAAAUGGCGGGUCAUCAGCCAAUUUGAACAGAAUAUUGAACAUCCCGCCUCAGCACAAUUCCGAGCGUCUCUGAUGGAAGGCCCAGAUCAACCCAGCCAGGCGGCUCUCCAGGCCUGUGUGAAGGCCAUUUGCUCGUUUAUCCUUGCUGUGUUUGGUCCGACAAUCAUCAACACAGCUCGUGCUUUUGGUGAAACAUCGGCGGAUGGGAAGACUCAAACCAACCAAGAGCUUUUGGAAAUGAUUGCGGAUGCAUAUCAAGAGGAGCUGCUCCAGGUCGAUUGGAGAAGACCCGUGGGAUGUAGAUUCAGUUUACUGAAGCUGCAACGGGUCUGA